UGUCUACUUUAUUCUCAGAAGAUCGACUCAAGAAGCUAUAGCUCCUGUAAUCCCUCUUAUAUAAACAAUCACACAAACACUAGGAGUUCUUCAAUUCAUACCCACACAGCACAUAAUUCUCGUAAGAAGAAAAUUCCAAUCUUCCGCAUCUCAAAAAUGCCUUCAGAACAAGUGAGACUGAGCCAAUCCGCAGCUUCCGAUGCAGAGAAGCACAAGCAACUGGACAGAGAAAUCAGGGAGAUGGUGUCCACCAUCACUCACCGGGUCACGGAUCUCCACAAAUCAUCCGGGUCAGGGUCAGGCCAGAAUCUGGAGGAUGACGAAGAUGGCGGCGUUAGGAUCAUCACGUUGGCGGGAAACAACACCGGCGCCACUCUGCGAAGCGCAUUGGACGAGAAAUCAGCGCAAUCUCAUGGGAGCGAAGAGCCGGAGGCGUUAAGCACUUACGUGAACAGCAAUUUCCAGGCGAUCAACAACUCAAUGAUGCUGGGCGGGAGCUACGAGGCUAACGAUCCUGGUGUGCGCUUGGAUAUCUCGGAAUUUAUUGAGCCACGAUCAAAGCACCGCGAGAAGAAGCAUAGGAAGAAGGAGAAGAAGGAGAAGAAGAAAGAGAAUAAAGGCUCAGGCUCCGGCUCCGGCUCCACCACUGACCAUUCUGAUUGAGAUCAAUGCUGUGUUUGUGGAGUUCCGAAACAAUGCUGCAAUUUCUACCCGGAAACACGCUUACGGAGUUCGUUGCCUUCACAUUUGCCUCUUAUGUGUGUUUGAUUGUUUGUUCCUUCCUUACCUCAUUUCUGUGCUAAUCAUGAAUGGAGUAAUCGUCUCUUAAUUACAA